GAAAGUGUGAAGCUCGCUUCUUUCGCUGAUGCAGGUGUUUCUUGGACUGCUAUUCAUUUUACUGUUGAGCGCUGCUGAUCCAAUCCCUAGAAAAGUAUUGUUUUCCUAUACAAAAUACUCGGGAAUCCAGUUAAGACCUGAUGGAAGAGAAUAUGGAUUUAUUAGCCCUACGAAAAACAACAUCAAAAAUAUAUUUGUGAAAUGUUUUUCAUGUAAGGAAGCACGUCAAGUGACAUUCGAAGAGGAAAGAGACGUACUCGGCUGGUCAUGGACGGGUGUUCCAAAUGUAAUACUCUUUGCUCAAGACAGACAUGGCGAUGAAAAUACAAUGUUAUUUAAAAAAAAUAUAUCUGAGGAGGCUAUAGCUCAAAAUCCGCAGAAGAGUACCGUAAUAUCAAACAAACCCCAAGUCACUGCUCAUAUCAUUCGCAACAGUCUUAGAAGCGCGCGCAUAAUAGUUGGUAUUAAUGAUGAUAAUAAAAUGUAUUUCAACGCCUAUAUGUACGACCUGUUGACUGACUCGAUGACACUAAUUAUAAAAAACGAUAGAUUCGGAAGAUUUGUCUUUGACCACGACAUGAACAUUCGUCUUGCCAUACAAGAGCAACCGGACGGUUCAGCUAUGUAUCUCAGGCGGUCACAAACAGCAAAGAAUGAGUUACCAUACACAUCAAAUGCAUCAGAGUGGGAGCAAUAUCUCGUCGUCAAAUCGGAAGAUAAAAUGGUUACUCGGCCUAUAGCAUUCGAUAAGAGCAAUGAGCAUAUGUAUUGGUUUUGGGGAGACGAAAAUAAUGACCUUGGCAAGGCGGAAAUAAGUGAUAUCGUAAUUCAUCCUACAGACAAGACAGUGCUUGCACUUAUAGAGACAUAUCGUCGGCCAGAACUAUUCGCUGUGAAUGGCAGAUUUGUAGUGCAUUUUCAAUACUUAGUAAACUUCCGACCAUAUGACUCCCUGCUAAUCAUGGAUUUUAGUAACGAUAUGUCAACCUGGUUAUUAUCAUAUGAGUCAGCUGACCAGCCAUAUGAUGUUUACUUGUACAGGGUUGAGCAGAAAUCUGUGGAGUUCCUUUUCAACCUGCGUCCCCAACUCAAGCAGUACAAACUGAGCAGACAAGUGGGGUUUGACUUCAAAGCAAGAGAUGGCGUGGUUCUUCAAGCCUACCUUAGUCUACCACCUGAGGUUCCACUGCUUUCGGCGAAAGACGUGCCAAACGCUGAUCAAGCCUAUGCUGAGCUUGGGAUGAUCCCUACAAAACCUCAAAAGAUGGUUGUACGUGUACAUGGAGGACCCAGAGUCAGAGACUCUUUUGGUUUUGAUCCUGUCAAUGCGUGGCUGACGAGCAGGGGCUAUGCAGUGCUUCAAGUGAAUUUUCGUGGAAGCACUGGCUUCGGUAGGCGCUUGAUGAACGCCGGUAACGGUGAAUGGGGUAGAAAGAUGCAUUUCGACAUUCUUGAUGGCGUUGAGUUUGCCAUCGCAAAGCGAAUAGCAGAGAGGUCGCAGAUUGCAAUCAUGGGAGGUAGCUAUGGUGGUUAUGAGACCUUAGUGGCUCUCACUUUUUCCCCAGAAGUGUUUUCUUGCAGGGUGGAUAUCGUUGGGCCUUCAAAUCUUAUAACAUUAAUCAAAACUGUGCCUCCAUACUGGAAAAGUUUCUACCAAAAUUUGGUACAAAUGGUUGGAGGAGAUCCUGAAACGGAGGAAGGACGACGAGCACUUAGAGAGCGAUCUCCACUUUUUUUCGCUGAUCGAGUUACAAAACCAUUAAUUAUUUUACAAGGUGCCAAUGACCCUAGAGUAAAUCAGCAAGAAUCAGAUCAAUUUGUAGAAGCGCUGCAAAACAGAUCCAUUCCUGUAUCUUAUAUUCUUUACCCAGAUGAAGGACAUGGUUUCAGAAAGGAAGGAAAUCGUUUGACCGCGUACGGCUUUGAAGAACAGUUCUUACAUACAUGCUUGGGAGGAAAAUACGAACCCUUUCAAUUAGGGGAUUAUAAUACUACGGCCAUAGUUAAGGUGUGGUCCCAGGACUUCGGCCGGCCCCGUGGUCUGUCUUGGAUCGCCAUUACUCCGUCUCUAUCACGCACUUCGCGGCCCGGUAAAAUGAGCGAAGCAGCCCUAGCACCUACUCCCCCAACCAGCUCAUCAAACUCGCAUGUGCUUGUAUGUUCGUGUCGUAUCUUGAAGCCGGUAUAA